AUGAGUAACGAUACCAAGACACAGUCGAUUGAAGUGGCUGAUCCUUUUGAAAAGCUCAGAGAUUUCAAAGUGACGGUGCAGCUGUACCCGAUAGGAAAUGCACCACCAUUGAAGCAAUGCAAAUUUGCCAUGGCCGGCUCGACACCGGUGAGAGUGUUGAUUAAGUUUCUCGAGGGCGCGGUUAUGCAUAGUGGAACGCAUACAGGAACUCAACAGCCAGAUGUGAAUAAAUUAUCUACCUCGUGCGAUCAUUGGUGUUUCACCCGUUUUACGUGA